AUGGCGUCAGCGGAGUUUCUAGAACAAGCACUCUCCAGUGACGUGGAUGAGAGUGCGGUUAUCGCUAAAGUAGGAUCUCUUGAAAAUCAACUUCUAUCGUCAAUUUUACCAGUUUCUGUACCUAAAAAAUUUACCAAUGUUAUUCCUAAUAACAUCAGUAAUAUAUUAUGUAGUGAGAGUUCUAAUAUUGGACAUAAAUUGAGUGAUUGUGAAUCAGUCGGUACAAAUAUCCAGUCAACAUUAACAAGUGCAUCAUUUAGUGCGCCUUUAUCUAAUUAUUCACCAUCAAAUGUAACCAGCAAUUCUGAUUUCAUAAAUACGGAAUCUUCACAAUUUUUUAAAGAAGAUCGCAACAUCUCAAAAAAUAUUUUAAAGAGUACUCUUAAUUUCCAUACCGUCCAAGGCGGCUCAGAGUCAAUCAAACCCAUUACAAUUCAACCAGUCGUGCUAAAGCAAGCUACGAUCGCUGGACAAGUAAACAUGCAUCCUGCAAUUGUUAUUGUACCUUUGACUGAGAGCUCUGGUAUGGCGAGUAAUAUGCAAAAUGUUACGACUAUUAAUAAACCUGUACAAAAUGUUACAAGUCAUAACAUGGGUUCUGCCCCAUCUCCUGUAGUACCCAAUGUUCAAAUAAUAAUUACGAGGCCACCAACUCCUAUGGGGGGAACACAGUCUGUACCUACAGUAUCACCAAGAGUGGUUAUUGGAACUCCACAGAUGCUUGGUGCUAGGGCUGCAAUGCCAGGUAUAACACUGCAAAGUCUACAACAAGGGCAGCAGAGUCAUUUGUUGUUAAGGACAGAGAAUGGUCAAUACCAUCUGUUGAGGAUUGGCUCUGCGCCCGUAGCCGGUACGCUGACGGCGCCACAAGCUCAGACCCUCCGGUUCUCGACUGUGCCGGCACAGCCAGGUGUGGUAUCGGUGUCAACCGGCGUGGCGAUCCCAGGUCAGAUGUCGGCUGGACCUAGAGUCGCGACCCCCGUCGCAAUGCAGACGGCCCCGGUGGUAGUUCAACAGCAGCCCGUCAUCUUAAAUCAGAAACCUCCAGAUAACUCGAAAGAGAAGUGUCGCAAUUUCCUAGCAAACAUUCUGGAUGUGUUGGCCAAGGAACCAAAGUCCGUGGAGCAAGGUGUGCGGAACCUCAUUCAGGAGUUGAUUGAUGCUCACGUGGAGCCAGAGGAGUUUUGCGAUAGACUAGAAAAGUUGCUCAAAGCAAGCCCACAGCCCUGCCUUAUAGGAUUCUUACGGAAAAGCCUGCCUCCAUUGAGACAGUCCAUGUGCACCGGGGAGCUCGUAUUAGAGGGCAUAAAUCCACCACCGCUUGAAGUGGCGUUUUCAAGCAUACCAUCGCCAACAGCUCCAUCGCAACCACAACCGGUAGUUUUGGGCGCAAACAUCCAGAUGUUGGAAUAUGAGGGUAGUCCUCCAACUCUGACGACACUGCAGCCGCCCUUCCAGUUCGUGCAACCGCCGAAUCCGUAUAACGUGGUGCAAGUACAGCCGACACUCCUGCAGCCAAAAGCGCCACCGAAAUCGGGAAGUUCAGUUUCUAUUCUGCAAAACAUACCGGUACAUACAAAGAUCAACAGUCCCAAAGUUGGCAAAACUAUGACUGCAAGCGGGAAAGCAAAUGUCGCUAAAACCGGAGGUUCAUCCGCGGUUUUAUCAACUAUAUUGACCGCUAGAAAACCAGCCCAAAAAGACAAGGAGAAGAAAUCUGCUCUACAGUUCACUCAACCGUUCGGUGAUGACAAAAUGGCAGGUGAUGAUGAUAUCAAUGACGUAGCUGCUAUGGGUGGUGUCAACUUAGCCGAAGAGUCGCAAAGAAUAUUAGGUUCCACCGAGAUGAUUGGGACCCAGAUAAGGUCGUGUAAAGACGAAUACCUGCUGUCAAUUGCCGCGUUCAUAAACCGCAUGAAGCUGAUCACUCAGCGUCAUGGGUUAGAAGAUCUCUCACCUGAAGUAUCCGCUCUGAUUAGCCACGCCACAAGUGGCUAUCUAAAAGGCAUAAUAACGCAACUUAUAUCGACCAAAUACCGCGGCGAUUCGAUCAAUAAGCAGUGGGACCCUGAUUACGAAGUUACUCAAGACGUAAGGGGGCAGCUUAAGUUCUUGGAAGAGGUGGGUCGGGUGGCCAGAAAGAGGCAAGAGAAUUUGGAGAGGGAGGUCCUAAUGAAAGCAGCUAAAUCUCGAUCUAAGAAUGACAACCCGGAGCAGGCCAAGCUGAAAGCCAAGGGGAAAGAAAUGCAACGUGCUGAAUACGAGGAGCUGCGUCAACGAGAAGCGAACCAGACGGCGUUACAAGCUAUCGGACCGAGGAAGAAGGCCCGGGUUGACGGAGCAGGUUGCUCAAAAGACACUACUCCACAGUGCACUGCAGUGAAUGAACGUGAGAUGGCACAACGGCCCCGUAUGACGCGUGUCAACCUUCGAGACAUGAUUUUUUUUUUAGAGCAAAAAAAGGAUCCAGGGCAUCAAAUGCUAACUUAAGUAGGUUUUUGAACAAAUUAGUUGUUUAGUAGUAUGUAGGUAUAAUAGGCAUGUUGACAUAAUAUUUAGGAUUCCUAUUCUAUAAUGUUGAUGCACGGCUACUAUUUUCGAAAAAUAAUCUUUAUUUUACCAAUCUAAUAAACACUGUAAUGGAUAUUACUAGUACUCUAUUAAUUUAUAUAGAAUUACGCACGAAAACGGUUGUAAGUCUCAAGGUGGGUGAUUAUGACGUCACGCCUUGGAAAUCAACGGUAACGAUAAUAGAAAUCAAAACUUCAAGCGACGCGACGCAGUAAUUACUAUUAAGCCAUAUUUUUAAUCACGUUGAUGUUGUCAUCUCGAAAACGUCUUACAAAUCGAUGAAGGCCGACUGCAUACACGAGAGCGCGGAAUAAGUAAUAGAGCGAUACGAAUGGUCCAAUAAACCUAGACACAUGGUCCAACCAUGGUACGGCUGGACCAUCGGUAGGUCCGGUGGGCGCCUCAUACCGACUGGACCGCCGUCGUACUCGGUACGGUCCGGAUGGCAAUGGUAAUUUUGUGCAAUGGAAAAUGCUACAUACCAUCGAAUAUGGUCCGCUACCGGACCGUGUCCGAUGCUUCGGCCGUACCUAAUCCGAUCAUGUAUUUACUAUUUAUAGCUUAAGCGUUCGGCUUUUGACGCAUCGUGUUAUUUGAUUAUUAAAAAAGUAGCAUCAUAAUAAUAGGUUAUUACAAUUUUUAUUUAAAAAAAAAACGGGUUGCACUCUGUGAGUGCCGGCAGAAGUGAAAACGUGAACAUUAAAUUUGUGCAUUUUUAAAUAUUUUGGAAGUGUAAGGGAAUAAUUUCACACGGAUUGCUUUAUUUAUCAGUACAAAAGUACUAGGAUUUAUGUGGUUAAAUACAAUAUUCAUUUAUUGCGCUAUCGUGCACAAAAAUUACAAUUCAUAUUACAUAAAAAAAAAUUGCAUUUCAGAACUAUUACAAUUAUAACUAACUAUAACAAUCAACUUUCAUACAUAAUUUCAACGACUGUCUUACGAAUUUUCGAUCAGGCCACGUGUCCUGAUGCGAGUUUAACAUUUUAUAACCAUCCCCAGAAAAGUGCUCAACGCCGCUAAAGAAGUUUUCACUUCAAAAAUAUUAUGACUCUUAUAAAGGAUCGUAUAAAAAUAAUUUACUUUAUCACAAGAAAUAAUUAUCGUCCAUAAGCCGACUACAGGCAAUCAUUUUUUUAUUGAUUAUCUUUUUGUCAAUAUUAUAAUAUCUGGGUUAUUUUUUUGAAUCCUUUUUUAUUUGAACCAUUUAUUCUUCGAAUUUUAAAGUGUCAACACGCCUAUUAUCUUAGAAAUUAAUUAGCAUCUUACGUUACCAUUGUAAUUAUUUUACAUAAUAUUGUAUCUUGAAUAAUCAAUAUAAAAAAUAUAUUUUAAAACUUUUCGAAAUUCGAAAUUACAAUAAGUUUAAGCUCUUGAUCUGAUCAGGUUAGUUAUAUGUCGUUAUUUAGGGUAAGGUACAUAAAUAUUUGUAUGUGGAAAUAAUUCAGCAUAAAACAUUUGAAUUAUAUUACACAUUAUACAAUCGAUAUUCCAUAGUUAUAUACAUCUUAGGUAAGUUUUAAUUCUGUAUGUUAUAGUAAGAUAAUCACUUGAGCUUAGUUAUGUGUGCUUUAGGUCUUUGCAACGUACAUAAUAGUUGCUGUUUGAAGUUUAAAUUAGGUA